ACAAUGAUUUUUUUUAGAUUACUACAAAUAAAUACGUGAUUUGAAUUCAUGUACGAAACGAUCCAUUGACCCAAAACGUCCGUCGCGAUCCAAGCCCGACGCCCACUAAAGACAUGCAAAUGAUUGGCCAAUGAUUCACGCUGCGAUGGCCACGUUACCAUCAUCCGCCAUGACCGCCGUCGCCACUCCUCCUCCCGCCACCGUGGCCUUCACGACGCCCCAAAGCUACGCGCAGAGACUCUCCCACCUCCUCGCUCUCAAAGGCCACACUCCCCUCUGGUGCCCCACCCUCUCCGUGGGUCCAACCCGGCAGACAAUGUCCUUCCUCACGUCCCACCUCCAGCCGCCGGCGCUCGAGCCCUUCUCCGCCAUCGCCUUCACCUCUCGCGCCGGCAUCGCCGCCUUCUCCGCCGCGGUCGCCGACAUCCAGGGCUCGCUCUUGUCCGCCCGCGGCUGCGAUACCUUCAUCGUCGCGGCCCUCGGCAAGGACUCCGAGCUCCUGGACGCCGACUUCCUAUCCCGGAUUUGCCCCAAUUCGAGACGGAUCGAGACCCUAAUCCCCAAAGUUGCGAGCCCUCGGGGGCUCGUGGACUCGCUCGGGCGAGGCGACCAGAGGAGAAUCCUCUGCCCGGUCCCCCUGGUGGUCGGGAUCGAGGAGCCGCCAGUGGUUCCGGAGUUCAUCAGCGAACUGGAGGCGAAAGGCUGGGCGGCGGUCAGGGUCGGCGCGUACGAGACGCGGUGGCUGGGCGAGGAUUGCGCGGAGCCUAUCGUGAGCAGAGAGGAGGGCGAGGGAUUGGAUGCGAUUGUUUUUACCAGUAGCGGAGAAGUGGAAGGCCUUCUGAAGAGCUUGAAGGCGGGUUUUGGGUGGGAGUGGGAGGACGUGAGGAGGAGGUGGCCGGAGUUGGUGGUGGCGGCACAUGGGCCGGUGACGGCGGCGGGAGCGGAGAGGCUUGGGGUCCGGGUCGACGUGGUGGGCCACAAGUUUGAGAGCUUCGGGGGUGUUGUGGAGGCUCUUAGCCUGAAACUCCAGAGUGCAAAAGAACAACCUUGAAUUUGAGCUGAGCAACUUUGUGAUUUGUGCGGAUUCAAAUUUGGCCCAAGAAGAAAUCACGAACAUGUGUCAUUUUCUUGGUGGCUUCAACUCCGACAGGAGCUUCAGUGCAUCGCCGAUGGACGGUCGGUCAGAUGCCCUGCUUUGUAUGCAGAGCAGAGCGACUUCAAGCACCAGUUUUAUCU